GGAGGGCGGGCAAGGAGGAAAACAACAAAACGGGGCGGGGGGGGCUCCUCAGCUCCCACGAGCUGCGGGGACCCGAGCUGCUUUCUCCUGCCCGGGUGACAAUGGGAGGGAGGGGGAAAAAAGGGUUAAGAAACUUGGCUGAAGAGCUGAAUGGCGUGGAGCGGCGAGGGGAGGGACUGGGCCGCGGCGGACUCGGCGGCGGAGGGAGGAGCGCGGCUGCGGGCGGGCGGCGAGCGAGGCGCUCAAAGUCAGCCUCGCAGACAUUGCAGCAGAGCCCCGAACUCGGGAGGAGGCGGCGGCGGCGGCGGCGGCGGCGCGGCGGUGGCGGAGGAGGCGGAGGAGGCGGAGGAGGCGGAGGAGGCGGCGGCCGAGGCGGAGGGACGACCCGGCCCCAAGCCCUCCCUCCCGCCAGCGCACGCCUGCCGGUGGCCCCGCGGCCGCCACUGUGCUUGGCAGCACUGCUGCUCUGAGGGAAGAGCUCGCCGGGGCGCCGGGGAAGGACGGGGCGGCGGGGCGCCUUCGUGGAGUGAGCCUGACGGAACCCAGGCUCGGAGCCGCGGCGGCCUCGGGGAGCUUUUGGACUGUGAGCUAUUUCAGAACUCUGUUCUCAGGACCUGUUAUUUUAACAGUCAGGAGAAACACAUCCAGAAGGUGCACACUAGACCAAAAGAGGAACAGGGAAAUCUAAAGACUCCAGAUGACAUCAGCGCUACUUUUCAACAGCCUUCUCCAUUUCCUUUCUCAGAAGUAGAGACAGACCUCAGAGACAGAUGGUCAUGGUAGAAAUGAAGUUUGUGAUUAUACUUCAUUGUUUAUGAAUAUGACUAAGACUGUCACACUUUGCAUCGGCCUACAAGAUAUUUGUCAGUCUUCCAUUUCUUUGAAAACAGAAAUCCUACAAAUUACUUAUGGAAUGUGUGAUGUUUCAAGGAUGCUAUCAGAAGUGAAUCUGCUCUGUAGUACUCAACCCUACACACAGCUCAUCAGAUGAGUCCAUGUCAUAUGCAUCUCUUUUCUUUUUUUCCUGCACAUCUGUUUUUGUUCCUUCGUAAGCUUCCAGUAAUAUAAGAAAGCUAAUUCUAGCUCCCUUAUAGAGCUACAUCACUAUAAAAGAGACUUAGCAUUUAUAUUACUCUGCGUAAAGUGCUCAUGAAAAUUCAGAAACUUAGAAAUACUAGAUUCUUUUGCUUGUCGGUAUCAUAGCAUAAUACUAGUU